AUGUUGUUUACUAUGAAAUUGGAGGCAAAUAAGACCUUGAGGAAAUAUUCUAUGUUUCUUUCAGGUCUCGUUUUGCUUCAGCCUUUGUAUUUGGCAGUGAACGCAGUUUACUUUACCGUCAGACGUUUCCAUGUGCCAGAGAGCAGUGUGGACCUGUUCAUUUCUAAGCUCCUUAACUCAACCCAGAUUUGUUAUUUUUUAGGGAUGUUGCUUGUCACUCUGUACGUUUCAUUCGUUCCCCAGCGGUUCCAGAGGCACAACAAUUUCCUGUCCAUUGUCUCUAACUGGGCCACGGUAGUAUGUUCAAUUCUCUUGCUCUUCUCCUAUGUAGCUAAGGGAGAUCAUGGUUCCUUAACCUUCUUCUAUUACAUGCUUGCAAUUUCCUCUCUGGUCUUCUCUUUUAACCAGGGCCUCGUAAUGAACGUCUCAUCACCUGAGAUCCACUGGUACGCCGUUGCAAUUCCAGUUUCAGGCAUUGUUGUGGUGGUUUAUCAACUGGUUUUCCUCUUCUUUGCUGAAAAAUUUAGCCUUAGGAACAUUAACCUUGCUGUUGUUACUAUCCAGACUGUUUUGGCCAUUUUCAUGUGCAUUACCACUUCUGUACUUUGGACCAUGACUUAUUUCUCAAUUGAUUCCAGUUUACUAAUGCCUGAUUCAUUUGAGUUUAGAGGGUCUUCAUUCUUUUAUAACCUUUGGAUGUCAAAGUUGCCAAUCUUAAUUACGUUCUUCGGGUUAGGCUAUGUAUACAUCGUUUACCCAGCAAUUGCCCCGUACAAAUUAACUGAAUUAAGGCCUGCUUAUAGGAUUGAUCUUGUGUGUGUUUUCGCGGUUGGUCUUGCCUCAACUAUAAUUGUGUUCCUUUGCGAAUAUACAAACUUAGGCCCUAACAAAAACUGGCGUCAUAGUCACUCAUUUUGGAACUUCUCAGCUCUACUGAUUGUUCCAUUCCUCCUUAUGCCAAUCCUAUUUAUAGUGCCGCGUCACUACCCAGACACUAAGUUGGCUGAAUUGAUGACUAAGAAUAAGGCAUUUUUAGGCUUUUUUACCAUUCUUUUCGUCGUUUUACACGCAGUCCUGGUCACAGUCGGGUACUCCGCCGCUUCAAUGCAAACAAAUGACCAGUAUAACUCUUCGAUGACUGCCUUUAACACAUUUUUGUCAUACUUCUUCACAGUGUUCAUAGUACUACUGUCCCAAGGUUACCUCAAGACUUAUAAGGACUACCUCAAUAACAUCGACACUUGGGCCACGAAUGACAUGAAGGGACCGAGGGCUUUCUUCUACUGGCUUGGUAAAUCCUUCGAACACGGAUGGGAGGCAUUUACUGAAACUUUCUCUUCCGAUAUCAAAUCUGAUAUUCUCAAAACCAAUUAA